AUGGCCGGCCUCAACCUCAAUGCCUCCUCCGAGUGGCCGAACAUGAACGACUACGAAGGCAUCCUUCGCUCCGGCGACCGAGUUGGAGGAGGCGGCAGCAGCCGGGUCGGGCCUCCCGCCGGAGAUGGUUCCGGCAGCGGAGUUCAUGCAUUGCUUGUUCAAUUGCAUUGUGCACAGAAUGAGCCUAGCAGGGCGAAGUGGACUAAAGAGGAUACACAGCUGUUUUGUGAGCUGUACUGUCAGCAAAUCGAGUUGGGCAACUGCAAGAGCGGGAACAUGAGCAAGUGGGGCUGGAAAGAUGUCCAGGAGAAGUUCCAAGCGGCCACUGGCAAGUUCAGGAACAGCGAGCAAUUUGGGUACAAGUACAGGCAGCUGAAGUUGCUUUGGCAGUUCAUCCAACAUCUUCGGACACAGUGCAUAGGCUUGGGGCGCCGAGAAGAUGGCUCUAUGGUUGCUAGUGAUAACUGGUGGCGCAACAAUAGCAGGGGGCACGCGGACUGGUAUGACCUCAAGGAUGGAUGGCCAGAAUACAUUGACGAGCUGGACCGCAUGUUCUGUGGAGUAGCAGUGACUGGAGAGACGUCAUUUGUUCCAGGGGUCAGCCGACAGAUCAACUUCAUCAGCAGCGGCGAGGAAGAUGCUGCUGAUGAUGACUGUGGCACCCCUCGCAGCUGUGGCACCCCAAUCAGCAGUGGGAGCAAGAGGAGCUCAAGCAGCUUCCGCAGCAUUGCUACAAGCCCCAGCAAGAAGAACAAGGGGCCUGUUGUUCGGAACAUGAACAACAACAUGACAAAGUUCAACUCCAGUUACGAUCACAGGACAUCAAUUAUCCAAAGGGCCCUGGAAGGUAAGAUGAAGGAGGUUGAGGUUGUGAUCGACAAGAAGCAGCACCGAGAGGAGGCUAGGAAGCAAGACCAGAAACUUGUCACAGAUUCAGCGACAGAGCUUGGAGUGCACCUGAUGGAAGGACAACUCUGGGAUGGUGUCAUCAUGAUCUGCAUGGAUGAUGACCUACGCAACAUCUACCUGUGCACACCUGUUGAAGCAAGGCUCCCAAUGAUCAAGAAAUAUGCUGCUAUGGAUGUUCCUGCUCAUUUUGGUGCCCAAGCGGAGGAGGUGGAGGACCAGGAGGAGGAGGAGAAGUUGCUGGCCGAGUGGUGGGACCUAUUCUGGGAAUUGGUGGUAUGUACUGUUCCUAUAGAGAAAUACUACUUGGUGGACUCGGGGUACGCAAACCGCACCGGCUUCCUAGCUCCUUACCGCCAGACCAAGUAUCACAUCCAAGACUUUCAAAACGUGCCAGAACCACAAGGUAUGAAGGAGGUAUUCAACUAUGCCCAUUCAUCUCUUAGAAAUGUCAUCGAAAGGGCGUAUGGAGUGUUGAAAAUGAAGUGGCGCAUAUUGUUGGACAUCCCGGCCUAUCCACCUGAAACACAGACACGGAUUAUAUGUGCAUGCAUGGCAUUGCACAACUUCAUUAGGAUUAAUGGUGACUUUGAUAGUCACUUUGGUAUAGUGGAUAGCAACAUGAACUAUGUGCCUGUUGAAGGCACUCAGGAUCAGCCGGAAACAGUGCCUGCGCCGGAGAGUGCGGACAUGGCAAGCAUGAAUGCAUUCCGAGACAUGCUUGCUGAACAUUUGUUUGCUAGGUCUUGA